AUGGACACAAAUAAAGACACGACCUCUUCUAAAAAUAAUCAUUUUAUUACAAUUAUUUUGUGUGUAAUUGCUUUACCACUUUCUAUGUCUUUAUGGAUUAUUAAUAUAAUUUAUUCAAAAUUGAUGGAUCAAAAUGGUCUUGAUGAGCCUGCAGUUAUUUCUCCCGCACGAUGGCUGGCUUCCUGUUUCAUACCAAUAGUGAUAUGUAUCUACGGGUAUAAAAAGAAAACUCUUAGUUUUAGUGGUGCGGUCUUAGCAUUUGCUGUCGGAUUUGUACUUACAUUGGCUAAUCUAUGUUUUUUUGCCGAUCUCUUAAUAUUUUUUGUAACAUCUUCCAAAGCAACUAAAGUAAAAGCUCAUUUAAAAAGGAAAUUUGAAGAAGAUUUCAAAGAAGGUGGCCAGAGGAAUUGGAUUCAAGUUCUCUGUAAUGGAGGUAUGGCCACACAGUUAAGUUUAUUAUACUUACUAGAUGUUGGUGCCUCAGAAAGGCCUAUUGAUUUUAUUAAAGAUUACAGAGCAUCUUGGCUUUCUUUGGGUGUUGUAGGUGUACUAGCAUGCUGCAAUGGUGAUACAUGGGCUUCAGAACUAGGGACUGUCUUUAGCAAUGGCGACCCAAUUCUUGUAACAUCUUGGAAGAAAGUACCAAAAGGAACAAAUGGAGGAAUAAGUCUCAUUGGAACAAUUUUUAGUACAGUUGGAGGACUUGUUAUAGGAAUAUCUCAUUAUUUAGCUUUAUUAUAUUUUUCUGACAAAAGUCUAUGGACUUAUGCACCUCCUCAGUGGCCGAUUAUUAUUUUGAGUGCUUUUGCUGGGUUUUUUGGCAGCUUCAUUGACUCUAUAUUGGGUGCUACCUUACAAUAUUCUGGAUUAGAUGAAAAUGGAAAAAUUGUAUCACAUUCAAAUCAGGCUGUUAAAAAAAUCAGUGGGUUAAGCAUAUUAGACAAUCACAGUGUGAAUCUUAUUUCUACUAUAAUUAUGGGAUUGCUUUUACCAACUGUCAGUAAAGCUAUUUGGCCCCUAUUUUGA